AUGAACAAUGUCGAGCUUAUAUCUCAUGCUACUACUGCUUUAAAAAAUCCUUCGUUUCACCCCAAAAUUGCUGUACUCAUUAAUCAAAUUAAAUGUUCAAAGAAACGUGCUGUACCAACAUGCAUCAGACCUGAUGUCGACAUCCGUCUAUCUCAAACAACAUGUGUUAAAUUUUUACAUGUUACUACAUAUCUCGAGAACACGUACGGCAAGAAUCAAUACACUCACCAUACAUUGUGCUUCUAUAAAGAAGUGCCAUUCAAAGUUCAUCAUUCGAGUAACAAUCAAGUAGAUGAUUCAGCUUUGAUAUAUUCUGAUGAGUCAAAUAAUCUUCAUCUUGGUUUAAUUGUUGGCAUUAUACAAUUAAAGGCAACAAGUGAAAUUAAAUUUAUUAUUGAUACAGUACAAGUUACUGGUUAUGACUCAUUUUCACUUAAUGGAACAGAAUAUAAAAAUAAUUUAUUUAUUUAUACAAUGAUGCCAACACCACCACAUACUGUUUCUAUCAAUUAUACCUCGAUAAGAGAGAAAGUUGCUUAUCGAAAAGACGCAAAUAUGAAUUCACUGUGUGAAUUUUAUAUCUUUCCAAAUCUGUUAGAAUCCACAUAA